AUAAAGGCCCGAUCAAAGUAAGGUAGAUCCGCAAUGUGGGAUCCGAAAGAGACUAAAAACGUCGUCGUCUUCGGCGGCACCGGUGCGCAAGGUAAAUCCGUCGUUACGCACCUCGCCGCUACAGGUCUCUACAACAUCACAGUCCCAACCCGCGACCCCACCGCACCAGCUGCCCAAGCCCUCCUCACUCAUCCCAACACCCACCUCCUCCACGCCUCCUACACCACCACAGCCGGCCUGCGCGCCAUCUUCGAGCACCAAGACGCCGCCUUCAUCUCCUUCAACUCCUUCGCCAUCCGCGAGCCAGACGAGCUCUACUGGACCAUCCGCGCGUACGAAAUCGCCGCGGCGAGCGGGGUGAAACAUUUCGUUUACUCGGGCGCGCCGAACCGGCUUGCGGCGCACGGGUACGACGAGAGGUUUCGGAAUGCGCAUAAUGCGCCGACGGCGCAGAUGGCGUGGACGGUAGUUACGAGGGGCGUGUAUAUAGAGAUGUUAGGGUCGUUGCUGAGACCUGUACGGGCGGGGGAUGGGACGUUUGUGUUUGCGGCGCCGAUUGGAGAGGGCAGUGUGCCGCUGAUGCCGUUGGAUGAUUAUGGGGCGUUGGUGAAGUGGGUGCUGAGGUACCCCGGGGAGAGUGUGGGGAGGAGGGUGGCGGGGGCGCCGUUUGUGACGACGUGGGUGGAGCUGGUGGGGGCGUUUGAGGAGGCGACGGGGAUGCAGGCGGUGUUUAGGGAUGUGACGAAGGAGGAGUGGUUUGAGGGGAUUAAGGGGUAUAUUGAUCCUGAGGAGAGAAUGCCAAGGGGGGUAGCGGAGGAUGAUGAGACGGCGACGACGCUUAGGAAGAGUUUUGGGGCGUGGUGGGAUUUGUGGAAGUUUAAUGAGCGGGAUUUGGAGGCGGAGGGGAGGCAGAGGGGGUCUAUGGAGGGGGUCAAUCCGGGGAGGCCGAAGUCUGUUGUGGAUUGGAUGAGGAGGACGGGGUAUGAUGGGGGGCUGAAGGAGGCGUUGAAGAUGAAGAAGGAUGAGGAAGCGUGAUUGACUAAUGAUACUAGGAGAUGCGAACUAUCCUGCUACUGUUUUACAUUCUCUCUGUAAGACUUCAUGCAUUAGAGAAUACUCUAGAUAAACUAGCUAACACACCUAAUAUUAACUAUUUGAAUAAAGUAGUUAGCUAAUUGAAACAGUCUGCGGGCUUGUCGGG